AUGAAAUUAAUUCACAGGAGAGGACUUAGUGAAUUACAGAGAAAUAGGACUGGAGUUACUGGCUUGUUCCAGACCUACACCAUGCCUUCCUCUGGAAUUCUGGAGACAGAGACUAAGGUGCUCCAAGAGACCCUGGCAGGCCAGCAGAACCCUGACUGUCAGCCCAUGGACACGAACUGGAUCCAGGAGAAAGUGUGGCUCUCCCAGGAGGUGGACAAACUGAGGGUGAUGUUCCUGGAGAUGAAAAAUGAGAAGGCAAAACUCAUGGUCAAGUUCCAGAGCCACAGAAACAUCCUGGAAGAGAAUCUUCGGCGCUCUGACGAGGAGUUAAAGAAAUUAGAUGACACUGUUCAGCAUAUUUAUGAGACUCUGCUGUCCAUCCCAGAUGUCGUGAAGGGUUGCAAGGAGCUACAGGGAUUGCUGCAAUUUCUGAGCUAA